UUACAUCGAUGACUUCACCUAAUAACUUCUUCUCUAUAAAGAGUUUAAAACUUGAAAACUUCUUCAUUAUUUUGUAUCCGUUUCACAUUCACAGUCAAACUCGGUUGCCGAAGAAAUUUCCCGGCAAAACCUCAACAAACAAAACUUAAAGAAUGACCCUUCUACCCUUACCUUUCCUCUUCUUCUUCCUCACCUCAAUACCCUUAUCCGUCUUUUCCCAGUCCAACGACCAGUCAACGCUUCUUAACGUGAAACGCGAUCUCGGAGAUCCACCGUCUCUCCAACUAUGGAACAACACAUCUUCACCGUGCAAUUGGUCGGAGAUCACUUGCACCGCCGGGAAUGUCACUGGGAUCAAUUUCAAGAACCAGAACUUCACCGGGACAGUUCCGACGACGAUAUGCGAUUUGUCGAAUCUCAAUUUCCUCGAUUUGUCGUUUAAUUACUUCGCCGGCGAGUUUCCGACGGUUCUUUACAAUUGCACGAAGCUUCAAUAUCUCGAUCUCUCUCAGAACCUUUUCAACGGCUCACUUCCCGUCGACAUCGACCGUCUCUCACCGGAACUCGACUAUCUCGACUUAGCAGCUAACGCCUUCGCCGGAGAUAUCCCUAAGAAUAUCGGACGGAUCUCGAAGCUCAAGGUAUUGAAUCUGUACCAGAGUGAAUACGACGGUUCGUUUCCGCCGGAGAUCGGAGACUUGGUCGAGCUUGAAGAACUUCGAUUAGCGUUGAACGAUAAGUUUACGCCGGCGAAAAUUCCGACGGAGUUUGGGAAAUUGAAGAACCUGAAGUACAUGUGGUUAGAGGAGAUGAAUUUGAUCGGAGAAAUCUCAGCCGUUGUUUUCGAAAACAUGACGGAUCUUAAACACGUUGACUUAUCGGUCAACAAUUUAACGGGUCGGAUCCCAGAUGUUUUAUUCGGGUUGAAGAACCUCACCGAGCUUUAUCUCUACGCUAAUGACUUAACCGGUGAAAUCCCCAAAUCAAUUUCGGCGACGAACAUGGUAUUUCUUGAUCUCUCCGCUAAUAAUUUAACCGGUUCGAUUCCGGUAUCAAUCGGAAAUCUAACGAAAUUAGAAGUGUUAAACCUGUUUAACAACGAGUUAACCGGAGAAAUCCCGCCGGUUAUCGGAAAAUUACCGGAAUUGAAGGAGUUUAAGAUCUUCACCAACAAGUUAACCGGAGAAAUACCGGCGGAGUUUGGAGUUUAUUCAAAGCUGGAGAGAUUCGAAGUUUCGGAGAAUCAGUUAACCGGAAAGUUACCGGAAAGUUUAUGCAAAAGAGGUAAACUUCAAGGCGUGGUUGUGUACUCAAACAAUCUCACCGGAGAAAUCCCGGAGUCUCUCGGAGAUUGUGGAACGCUCUUGACGGUUCAGUUACAGAACAAUGGCUUCUCCGGCAAGUUUCCUUCUAGGAUCUGGACUGCUUCAAGUAUGUAUAGUUUACAGGUGAGUAACAACUCAUUCACCGGAGAAUUACCGGAGAAUGUUGCUUGGAAUAUGUCGAGGAUCGAGAUUGAUAACAAUCGAUUUUACGGUGUGAUUCCUCGGAAAAUCGGUACUUGGUCUUCUCUAGUUGAGUUUAAGGCGGGAAACAAUCGGUUUUCCGGUGAGAUACCGAAGGAAUUGACUUCUCUUUCGAAUCUUUUAUCGAUCUUUCUCGAUGAGAAUGAUCUCACCGGUGAAUUACCGGAUGAUAUCAUCUCAUGGAAGUCGUUGAUAACGUUAAGUUUAUCCAAGAAUAAGCUUUCCGGGAAAAUUCCGAGAGCUUUAGGAUUGUUGCCACGUUUGCUCAAUCUUGAUCUAUCGGAGAAUCAAUUCUCCGGUGAAAUCCCACCGGAGAUCGGGAGUCUAAAGCUGACAACACUUAAUGUGUCAUCAAAUAGACUCACCGGAGGAAUCCCAGAGCAACUUGAUAAUCUUGCUUACGAGAGAAGUUUCUUGAACAACUCCAAUCUUUGUGCAGACAAGCCAGUUCUCAAUUUACCGGAUUGUCGGAAACAGCGCCGGGGAUCAAGAGGGUUUCCGGGGAAAAUCCUCGCGAUGAUUCUAGUCAUCGCUGUUCUGCUUCUCACCAUUACUCUGUUUGUUACGUUCUUUGUGAUUCGAGAUUACACAAGGAAACAAAGGAGGAGAGGUCUAGAAACGUGGAAACUAACUUCAUUUCAUAGAGUAGAUUUUGCGGAGUCUGAUAUAGUGUCGAAUCUGAUGGAACACUAUGUGAUCGGGAGUGGCGGAUCGGGCAAAGUUUACAAGAUAUUUGUCGAAAGCUCGGGACAAUGCGUGGCGGUGAAGAGAAUAUGGGACAGCAAGAAACUGGACCAGAAACUUGAGAAGGAGUUUAUUGCUGAAGUUGAAAUUCUUGGAACGAUUAGGCACUCGAAUAUCGUGAAACUACUGUGUUGUAUCUCGAGGGAGGAUUCUAAGCUUCUGGUGUAUGAGUAUCUCGAGAAACGCAGUCUUGAUCAGUGGCUACAUGGCAAGAAGAAGGGAGGUACUGUAGCUGCUAAUAACCUGACAUGGCCACAAAGGUUGAAUAUUGCGGUUGGAGCAGCUCAAGGACUUUGCUAUAUGCAUCACGAUUGCACUCCCGCGAUCAUACACCGAGAUGUUAAGUCAAGUAACAUCUUGCUUGAUUCUGAAUUCAACGCGAAGAUUGCAGAUUUCGGGUUGGCCAAACUGUUGAUUAAGCAAAACCAACAACCUCAUACCAUGUCAGCUGUUGCUGGAUCCUUCGGUUACAUUGCUCCAGAAUACGCAUAUACAUCGAAGGUAGAUGAGAAGAUCGAUGUGUACAGCUUCGGGGUAGUUUUGCUAGAGUUGGUGACUGGAAGAGAAGGAAACAACGGAGACGAACACACAAACUUAGCAGAUUGGUCAUGGAGACAUUACCAAUCCGGGAAACCGACCGCAGAGGCGUUUGAUGAGGACAUCAAAGAAGCUUCCACGACAGAGGCGAUGACAACAGUUUUCAAGCUAGGUCUCAUGUGUACUAACACAUUGCCAAGUCACAGACCUUCCAUGAAAGAGAUCUUGUAUGUUCUGCGCCAACAAGGGCUUGGUGCAACGAAAAAGACUGCAACAGAGGCACAUGAGGCACCUCUACUAGUUAGUUUAUCGGGUCGGAGAACAAGUAAAAGGGUAGAAGAUGAAGAUUUAGGUUUUGUAUAAUCAAUAAUCAGAACUUAGAAGAUGAAGAUUUAGGUCUUGUAUAAUAAAUAAUCACAAUUUUUGAGGUUUGUUUUUUUGGAGAUCUAGAAUGUACAAAUGUAUUAGAAACCUUUUUGGUUUUUCACUUAUGUUUUGUGUAAGCAAAGCAAAGCUUUAGUUAAGAUCUGAAACUCUGAAUAAAAAUGGUCUUUAUAAA